AUGAAAUUUAAAGAUGUAGAUUUCAAAGAUGAGUAUAGUUCUUAUUAUAAUUUUGAGAUUGAUCACAGUAGAUUCACAGAAAACUUUUUUGAAUAUGAACAAGGCCAAAAGGAUAUUAUUAGAUAUGCAUGUGAAGUUGAUGGCUUGCCGGAUGUCUUGGUGGAGAAGGUGUCCUCGUUGCCCGAGCUGUUAAAACAAUCUAAAGCGGAUAGUACAUAUCUUAGUUACAAGAGAGGAUUUAACCGUUGGCGUAAAUGGGUAAUUUCCAAUGGGCUUAAUAGCGGGGAGGCCUUGCCCGCCAAGGCAUUUCAUGUAGCGUUAUAUAUAGUGUCAUUAAUACAAACUGCAAAUACUAUAAGUCCAAUUUUAAAUGCUGUAUAUAGCAUUAAGUGGUAUCAUGAUUUGUUUGAAUUUCCUUCACCAACAGACUCUAGAUUAGUGAAAAAUGUCGUAGAAGGUGGAAAACGUAAACUUGCUAAGCCUAUACAUAAGAAGGAACCUAUGGCAGUAGAAUUGUUGCAUAAAAUGUUCAGUCAUAUGUACGCUGAGAAAAACAUUAUGAAUCAAAGAUUUAUAUGUAUAUGUUUAAUUGCAUUUGCUGGUUUUUUGAGAUCCGCUGAAGUGUUGAAGUUAAAGAGAAGUGAUAUUUGUUUUUAUGAUUCAUACUUAAGUAUUUUUAUUGAAUCAAGUAAAACCGAUAAGUAUCGUGAAGGAGUAUGGGUAUUAAUAGCCCGAAUCGGCACGUGUUUGUGUCCGGUUGCUAAUUUAGAAAAAUAUAUUUGUUGGACGGGUAUCCGUCCUGAUUCAGAAUGUUUUCUGUUUGGGCGUCUUACUGCUACUAAAGAUGGCCAUGUGCUAAGGAAUCAAGAUAAGCCUUUAUCUUAUAGUAAUUUCCGAGAUUUGUUUGUACAGACGUUUAAAAAGUUAGUUGAUGAUGUAAAUAAGUUUUGUAGCCAUUCUCUAAGGGCAGGAGGAGCUACUGCUGCUGCUAAUAAUGGCAUACCUGAUAGGUUAUUUAAGCGCCAUGGGAGAUGGCAUAGUGAAACCGCAAAAGAUGGUUAUGUAAAAAGUUCAGUUGAUGAGAGACUCAGAGUUUCAAAAUAUCUUGGUUUAUGA